CAUGGAUAGACGAGUGCAGUUCUCUUCAAGACCGUGUAGCCAAAAUAUUCAAAACGACGAAAAAGAGACUUAUCUGGAAAGGGAUAUAUCACCAAUUGAUUCACAAACAAAUUUAUCACAAGACGACGAGGAGGAAUUAACUAAUAAUACUAAAGCCUUAUUUCAAGCGGCAAGAUGUGGAAAUAUAAACGAGAUAGACGAUCUUCUUGAUGCGCCAGAAGCCGAUAUUAACGUCGUUUGGUAUCAGGAAAAUCUUCUAAUGGCUGCAAUACGAGAAAGUCAGUUGGAAAUGUGUGAAUUUCUCAUUGAUAAUGGAAUCGAUUACAACUUUAAAACUUCCCGAAUAGAAAUCGAUGAUGAUGAUGUAGCUAAUGUUUACGAAGAUUCGUGUCGUCAAAUGGCCUAUGACGUUGGCUUAACAGAUAUUGUUUAUCUAAUAGAUAGUUUGAAUAACUCACUAUGGCCAUGGGAAAAACCCCCUAGUAGGGAAUUAAGAUUGAAAAAAACUCCCGAAGAAAAAGAAAAAGCAAGGCGGAAAGAGGAAAAAAGACGGAGGCGACGUAGAGAAAGAAGAGAAAGAUCGGGAGUCGAUCCAGAGGAUGUUCAUUCAAGUGACUCUAGUGUUGACUCAAAUUCUGAUAUUUCAACAGAUUUAGAGGACAUUGAGGAAACAGAAGGAGAAGAUAAAGAUGAUGAAGUAAGCAAGAGCGAAGAAGAAAAUGAGGAUUCGGAACAGUCAGAGGCUGGUAGUCAAUUUGACCUUAAAGAGAAUCGUUUGAAAUCAAACGAAAGUGACCAUACGAACUCUUCCAUUUCUACCAGCAAUGGCAAAUUACUUCCCCUCCGUUCAAAAUCUAAUUUAAGUCACAUUAGCUCUAUAAGAAUGACAAAGGCCUCUAAACUGCAGACGGAAUCGAAUACGAAUAAGCGUUUAAUUUAUGAGCACUUUCGUUCAACUAUUUCUAUGCCGCAAAGGCCUAAAACAUUUGCUUUCGGUAGCUAUUUUGAAGAAAGCUCUUUUUGGAAAACUUCAAGAAGGGCAGAGACAGCUUCGAGGGUCCGAACAAAAGAAGGUCAGUCGAUCAAUAAGUCAACAAAGAGAAAAUCUAAACGUUUAAAUAGCCUUCCUCUACCUUCCAUUGCAAAAGUUCACACCCCAAAACCUAACAGAUGGAAAACGCCUGACCCUGAAUCUCGAAAAAUCAAAACCACAAGUAGUUGGUGGUGGAGAAGAGAAAACAUUUGA